GAGCACAGACCGACGCACGCUGAGCUCUGCUGUGUCUCUGUCGCGUCACACACCAGCUCGAGCAUUGCGCUGCGCCGCGCGUGGACUCUCCUCGCUGCAGUGAUCGCUGCGUCUCUCCUUUCACCCCAAAAGAAACCUCGCCGCAGCUGGCAACCGAUUAGAGAGCACUUACAUCGCGUCUACCCUAGGAGCAGGAAUCCUCACACCUUGUUUGGCUCUCCUUUUCGACACCAUGGGGAAACAGAACAGCAAGCUGACCCCUGAGGUAAUGGAAGACCUGGUGAAGAACACAGAAUUUAAUGAACACGAACUCAAACAGUGGUACAAAGGCUUCCUGAAGGACUGCCCCACCGGCCGACUCAACCUAGACGAGUUCCAGCAGCUCUAUGUCAAGUUUUUCCCUUACGGUGAUGCCUCAAAGUUUGCUCAGCAUGCUUUCAGAACCUUUGACAAGAAUGGCGAUGGCACCAUCGACUUCAGAGAGUUCAUCUGUGCUCUGUCCAUCACAUCACGAGGCAGCUUCGAACAGAAGCUCAACUGGGCCUUUAACAUGUAUGACCUGGAUGGAGAUGGCAAAAUCACACGAGUCGAGAUGCUUGAGAUCAUUGAGGCAAUCUACAAGAUGGUGGGGACUGUUAUCAUGAUGAAGAUGAAUGAGGACGGCCUGACGCCCGAGCAGAGGGUUGACAAAAUCUUCAGUAAGAUGGAUAAGAACAACGACGACCAGAUCUCAUUGGAAGAGUUCAAAGAAGCAGCAAAGAGUGACCCGUCCAUUGUAUUACUGCUGCAGUGUGACCUGCAGAAAUGAGCGUCUCGGAAAAGAGCCAGGGACUGCACAAAUGAUUAAUGUUCCAUUCAGUUUGCAGCUAUUUCCACUGAUAAAAAAAAUUGCUUGGACUACCUUUCAAUGAAUCCGCUUCCUGUGUUUGAAACACUUGUGUGCAUGAGAAUGUUCUUUGCUAACGAAUUUCACACUCACACACUGAUACAAUCACAGUUACACACAUAUUACAAAUGCAUACACACAUACAGACCAUGCCAUGCACAAAUAGAAUUAUAUAUAUAUAUAUAUAUAUAUAUAUAUAUAUAUAUAUAUAUAUAUAUAUAUAUAUAUAGAGUUGUUGAAAUUAACUGCCAAAAUGUGAAGAGUGUGCAAAGUACUUUCUGAAUCCACUGGAGCUUGCGCAUCAUUGAUGUGCUGUAUUAAAUCGAGCUACUAUUUAUUGUACUGAUGCUAGCUAUGUGUAACAUAUACUGCGUAACUUCAACAGAACCGAUUCUUAUGGUAAUCAUAACUGUUUUACCCAGAUUUACCUACUCAUCUGGAUGGACAAAAAGAUAAGCUCAGGUCCAUCACAUUUUUCCCCUUUAAAUGUGUUUGUACUGUUGGUGAAUAUAAAUGUAGUUUAUUUGCAUGCCAUUAGGUUUGCCUUAAGAGAACGUCCCUCAUUUGCAUCCUGCAUAACGAAUGAAAAUAAGCCUUAUUUAAAAGAACAAAAAGCUAUUAAAAAUGUUAAAAAAUUAAAUUAGAACAAAGAUUUAAGAUCUGUAAAGGGAUAGUUCACCCAAAAAUCAAAAUAUGCUGUUUUUUUAUAGCUGAAAUGGUGAUUCGUAAAAUGAAAAUCAAUGUACUGACACUUCAUUAAUUCAUUUUUUAUGGCUUAGUCGCUUUAUUUAUUAGGGUUCACCACAGUGGAAUGAACGCCAACUUAUCCAGCAUAUGUUUUACACAGCGGAUGCCCUUCCGGCUGCAACUCAGUACUAGGAAACACCCGUUCACUCUUACAUACACACUCAAACACUAAGACCAAUUUAGUUUAUUUAAUUCACCUACAGCGCUUGUCUUUGGACUGUGGGGGAAACUGAAGCACCCGGAGGAAACCCACAUGAACCACCUGAGACUCGAACCAGCAACCUUCUUGCUGUGAGGCGACAGUGCUAACCACUGAGGCACUGUGUCGCCCUCUACUGACACUUUUAGAGUGAAUAAAGCAACAACUUUAGCUGCUGCUAAUAGACUGUGGCCUGUACAAAAACUGAACAUUAUUUAUUACAUUAUUACCCAUAAUGCACCGCCUCUGUACAUGAUCAUAAGCACAUUUAUAGCAGUGUGGAGUGUGAGCUUAUAACAACUUAAUUAUGUUUCUAAAAAAAGUAGCUAAAGGUUUUAUAUGUUUUUUUUUUUGACUCUCAAAGUGGCUACAAACUACUUAUUUGCAUUUUAUGAAUCAUCAAGUGGUGGCGCGGUGGCUCAGUGAUUAGCACUGUCGAUGCACAGUUAGUAGGUUGCUGGUUAGAGAACCAAAGACAUGCGGUAUAGGUAAAUUGGGUAAACAAAAUUGGCCAUAGUGUAUGUGUGUGUGAAUGAGUGUGUGUAUGGAUGUUUCCUAGAGUUGUGUUGCGGCUGGCAGGGCAUGCACUGCUUAAAUUAUUGCCGAAAUAAUUGGCUGUUCAUUCCGCUGUGGCGGCUUCUGAUAUAAAAAAGACUAAGCCGAAGAAAAAUGAAUGAAUGAAUAAAUGAAUCAACAAAUACCAUAGUUAUACUGAGAAAAGCCACCUACAUUUUGGAUGGACUGAGAUCAUUUGUGUAAUUUAACAGUAUAUUACAAUUUUUCAGUGAACUAUCCCUUUAAAUGUGUGCAAUGCAUUGAUGGGAAACGCUAGAAUACUACACCUUCUAUAGCAUGUACAUCACAUGAGGGAGGCUGAAUGUAAUUUGUGAGAACAAUUACACAACUGAAACCAUACUUUUUAUUAUCAUUGUUGAAAUAUUACAAUAUUCCCAGAUUAAACCUACAAGCUGUGCAGUUUCAGAAUGUCAUCAAUUGAAAUGAUUUGCAUAUCAGUGUGCAGAUUCAUGUGGGGGCCGAGGGUGAAAUGAAUUUAAGACCAUUUUGAGAUGUAAUCUUGCCUCAAAGUUGUAUCUGUUUUAACUCCCACCUUAAAACCUCCAAGACUGUAUUUAAUCAUACAUUUUACAUGCUACUCUUAAAGAAGAAUUGUUUUAAAGGCUAAUCCUGAGGUUAGUAGUUUUUAAGUCCAGGCAUUUGCACCAACUGCGCAUUUUGAGCACUGACCCGAUUUCUAAAUAUGCACAUUUCUGUGCUCCAUUUAAAAGUACGUUCUGCCAGUGUCAAGAGCUUUACACAAGCAUAACCUUUGUCAUUGUAAUGUUUACCUAUUUAGGCACCGCACCAAAUUCAUGCAAUGGCAAACUUUUCCAAUUUCCAAGUUAUUUUGUACAUGUAGCAUGUAUUGUGCCCCUGAUGCCAUGGCUGCACUACUCCUUGUGUUGUGGUUUAAACUAAUAAAAGAGUAUAAGGGA